CGCGAGUCUUUGCGCAUGCGCACCAGGCAAACCAUCAUGGCCCCGUUCAGGGAGGUUUUGUGCAGAAAUUUUGUUGUUUUCAGUCUCAUUUUUGUUCAUUUUUCCGCGGAUUUAGCGUCCGGACUUGAGCACAUGUCCCGAUCACGAUGACGGGCUUUUGUUACACACGACUGACGAUUACUGAAACUCUGCUGUCAGACAUUGUUGAAUAAAUCCAGGAUGAAUGACAUGAAUUUGAGUCCAGUGGGCAUGGACCAGCUCAAUGUGCCCUCAGUCAGUGCCAGUCAUCUUGGUCUGCCCACUUCGCCCACACACAACCCUAUACCCACUCCAGGCAUGCCUGUUGCCAUCCCCAGCCUGGGUCCCUCUCUGGGCUCUCUCCCCUCUGCUUUGUCACUGAUGCUGCCCAUGGGUCCCCUGGGUGACAGAGGAGUGAUGUGUGGUUUACCUGAGAGGAACUACUCCCUGCCCCCUCCUCCUUAUCCUCAUCUGGAGAGCAACUACUUCCGCCAUAUACUUCCAGGUAUCCUGUCAUAUCUGGCUGACCGCCCUCCCCCUCAGUACAUUCAUCCCAGCAGCCUUAACAUGGAUGGACCUCUAUCUGUGGCCAGCAAUAACCCCUCUGGGCUGGACCCUUACAGUGCCCCUGGUGGACCUCUUGAGCAGGGCCUGGUGCCUAUGGACUCCCGACAAGUCAGUACCCAGGCAGACCUCCACCAAACAGGCCACGAACUCACCUCUACAGCUUUAGGCAUUGUGUCCAGGGUUAGUAGUCCCAUGUCAGACCGAAUGGGAGAGGAAUUGACUUCAAUGGAAGUAGGUGUAGUUUCUGUGUCCGAUACGCAACAGCAGCUUGGAGGAGGGAGACAGCCUCAACCACACGAAGGGUUAACAGGAGUGGACUCAUCUGGUGGUGUAAUCCCUCUCCAUGGGCCACCGGUGCUUGAGCUGCCCGAAGUGAUGGAGCCAGACCACAUGGGAGGCAGAGUGGGCACCACAGGGGAGCAGCUUCACCCAAAUGGGGAGAUGAACUCGGGUGUGGUUAGCGUGGUGCUCACUGGGUCCAUGGGCAGUCAGGGGCAGCUGGAGCCAGUGUCUCUGCAUGGGCACAUAGGGAUGGGACUGGAGGCUGUCAAUGUAUCACCGAUCACUGCGGAAGUGUCACUAGAACCAGAAAACAACCUGGUGCUGGUGAACUCCACGCUGCAGCUGGAAGACUCUACCUCGAAUAAAGAAAACAUGGUCACUACCUUCUCUAUAUGGUGCACACUGUGUGAGCGCUCCUAUACCUCAGACUGUCCAGAACAUGGACCAGUCACCUUCAUCCCUGAUUCUCCCAUUCAGACCCGAGCUCGCCUCUCUCUGCCCCGCCCACUGUGCCUGCGCAUCUCUGUCACUGAGGAACCUCUAGGAGUUUUUGCACGAGACAUCAUAGCUCCAAGAACCUGUUUUGGACCGAUGGUUGGGCAGCACUGCAGUAAUGCAGACCUCUCGGAUUGGCCAGAAAAAGACACACCACAGCUAUGGAAGAUGUACCAUAACAAUGUGCUGGAGUUCUACAUUGUAACAACAGAUGAAAACGAAUGCAACUGGAUGAUGUUUGUCCGAAAAGCAAGAACUCUUGAGGAGCAGAAUCUGGUCGCUUAUCCAUCCAAGGGCAAACUGUUCUUCUGCACCACCACAGAAAUCCACCCAGACCAAGAGUUACUUUUCUACUACAGUCGGGACUACUGUAGACUUUUAGGAGUUCCCCAGGUUCCUGAAGGACAGCUCUGCCAGUGUGGAAAAGAGUGCUCAUCUUUCACUGAGCUCAAGUCUCAUUUAAACAAUCAUAACCAGCCCGCCCACAACCACAGCCCGUCACAGCAAGACCACCCGCCCCCUCCUCCUCCUCCACCUCAACAAAUGGACCAAACAUCACAACAGCAGCACCCUCACCAUGACGACAAACUCACCAAUGGGGCGUCCAGUUCCUCCUCUUCACCCUGGUCCAGCCACCCGCACAACCAAACUAAUAAUGAUAAUAACAGUACAGAGGACAACAGCAAUGGUAUUUCCAGUAAUAACACUACAGCGAAAGGAAAAGGCCAGGGGCAAACAAGAGAGAAGAAGUUUAAGUGCAGUAUGUGCUCCAGAGCUUUUAUAACUUCUACUAAACUCAAUGUGCACUUCAUGGGACACGUGGGGAUGAAGCCUCACAAGUGUGAAUACUGCAGUAAAGCGUUUAGUGAUCCGAGCAACCUCCGAAUGCACCUCAAGAUCCACACAGGUCAAAAGAACUACAAAUGCACAGUUUGUGAGAAGUCGUUCACACAGAAGUCCCACGUGGCCUCUCACAUGUUGAUCCACACCGGAGCAGAGAAACUCAAGUGUGACCUGUGUGACCGAACCUUCAUCAGGAAACAUGACCUCAAGCAGCACAUGUUCUCACACACACAUGAACGCCGGAUCCAAUGCCCUAAAUGCAACAAACACUUUCUUAAGACAAACCAUCUUAAAAAACAUAUGAACUCCCACGAGGGCCGCAGGGACUUUGUUUGUGAAAAAUGUCAUAAAGCUUUUCUCACCAAAUACCACCUCACAAGACACCUCAAGAUCUGCAAAGGACCCAAGACUGAACGGACAUCACGAAAAGAACGUGUGGACGGAGAGGAUGAGGAAGAAGAGGAGGAAGAUGACAGCAGUGGAAGAGGAGAGGCUGAAAGACUAGACUCUGUCAGUAAUGAAGCUUGCAGUUUAGAUGCUGCAGGAUAUAACUCUGAAAAAUCAUUAUCUCCUCCACACUGAGAAACACAGUGCCUCGUCUUUGAAGUAUUUUUGAGUAUUAUUUAACAAAUAUUGGUCUGUAAAAGGUCGGGCUGGACAAAAUAUUAUAUAUCAUAUUGUUCAAUCACAGGACAAAUUCUACAUGGAGAUUGGGGCAUUCGUCACCAUAUUUGAUCUAUCAAACUAUUGCUUUUUAUGUAUGAUAACAGGAAAGUUAGGAGAGUUAUAAACUCAUUUAAGACCUAAAAGGUCAAAAUUAAAUUAAAACAGAUUUAAUACUGAUAUUUGCUGACAUUUAUGGAUAUUUCCUUUGGAGUUUAUGUUUUUUUACAUUAACAGGUAGAACCAAUAUAGCGGCAGAAGGAAAAAAAGACCUUGAUUUUUUAUUUAAAAAAUUACAGAAAAUAAUAAAAUAAAUAAAAAUUACCUUCAACAUUCAUAAACAAGACAGACUUUUAAUCAUUGCCAUUUAACACAAAAAACCAAACCACUUAACAGUAAACAUCAGAAUUGACUGAAUCCCUUCUUGAUUCGAAUUUGAUUGUCCAGCCCUAGUAAAAGUUUUAUAAGCUCUCUCUUCCUUUUCUCUGUUUUAAAGUUACUGCUGUGAUAGAUUGGGUAUUACAUGAUAAACUACAAUAACGUUAUCCAAAACAAAUUUCCUCAGAUGUACUUUUUGUAAUAUGCUUUUUGUAAACAUAAGUGUAUGGGAUUCUCUGUGAUCAAGAUGACUUCAAUCCAGCAACAAUAUCUAACUGAUGCUAUUAUCUUGCCAUAAUGGUCUUGUUAAUUUAUAUUUUUGUACUGAAAUAUUUUGUGAACAGAAGAUGAUGUUUAAAUUAAUAUGUUAAUCAUGUUCAUUAAGUAAUUCUCUGAAGACUGGCCUUUUGUGGAUUUAUUAAAGGCUAUUUUAUUCAA